AAUGAAUUCUCCCAAUUAGAACCAUUUGAGCUGCCGAUAAUCAAUAUACUAGGAGGACCACACUAUUGAAAAAGAAGUUGACAGCUAAAACAGAUAAACAAGUAUGAUCGAGAAAAUAAAAAUUCAAAUCAAGUUCACCUCAGAUUAAAAAAUCAUAUAUUUAUAAAAUAGAGCAAUCUUGAGAGUGUACAAUUUAUUUAUAACUUUAUGAAUAGAACUGAAAGCCAUGAUGUCAAAGGGAAACCGGAAUUAUUUAAUAAUAUGGAUCAAAUCCAUAAUCUUUUAUGGGAAGGUUAUUGUUGUUAAAACAAAAAGAAAGAAGGUAAAUGGAUUGCUUUUUGGAGUAAAAAACUUCUAAAGAAUGUUGGUGGAUACUAUAAAGCAGGAUUAAAGUAUGGAUUAUGGAAAGAUCUAUUCCUAAACUAUUAAGAGUAAACUAUUGAUUUUUACUUCAAUAGUUAAGCAUAAAUUUUUGAGUUUGGAGAAUAUUCUCAUGGCUAGAGAAUUGGAAGAUGGAAUUAUAUUAAAAAAGAUAAGAAAAUGUAUUUAUUUUAUUUUUAAAAUUGUUUAGUGGUGGUGGGAAUUACAACAAGAAUGGUUAAAAGUAAGGCAAAUGGAUUGAGCUAGACGAAGGAUUUUAUAAAAGAAAAUAAGUUGCUUAUAAAGGUGAAUAUAAUAUGAAUGGUAUGAAGGUAGGUAACUGGGAUAUUAUGUAUAAGAAUGAUUUUUGGAAGGGAUAUUAAUAAAUGUAGAUAUUAGAUAAUAUCUAUUUAGUGGAGGUGGAUCAUACGAUUUAGAAGGAAAUUAGAAAAAGAUUGGAAAGUGGACAGAAUUGGAUGAAGGGUUUGAUAGUUAAAAAUAAUUCACUUAUAAUGGUGAAUACAAUAAGAAUGGUAUGAAGGUAGGGAAAUGGGAUAUAAUAUCUAUUAAUUAUGGAGAAUAUGAAUAUAUGUAAAUAUUAAUUAUUUAUAAGAAUAUAAAAUAUAUUCAGUGGCGGUGGAUAAUACGAUUAAGAAGGAAAUUAGUAAAAGAUUGGAAAGUGGACAGAAUUGGAUAAAAAAUAAUUCUCCCAUAAUGGUGAAUACAAUAUGAAUGGAAUGAAGGUAGGU